CGGGAUCCGGUGCCCAAAACCGGUAGCCAUCCCUGCAGGCUGGGAUCCAGCCGCACGUACCGGGAUCCGUCUCCACCGACCAGUAUCCUGCUACUCAAGACUGGGGUCCGCCCGGAUAUAGGCCGCGCGAGCCUGGCGCCACCCCCAGACUAGGCCGCCGUCAUGCCGGGGAUAACGGAAUCACUGCUGGACGGCGUCCUGUCGGUGCUGCCGGACGUGCGCGCCCUGCCGCUGCCGCACGUGCUGCUGCUGCUGCUACUGCUGUUGCUGUUGCCGCUGCUGCUGCUGCUGUACAGGGCGUCGUCCGGCGGCGGAGCGGGGAUCGGCGGAUUGCCGGGGCCCAAGCCUAUGUACCCGCUCAUCGGCUCGGCCCUCCUGAUGCCCAGCGACAUGACAGAAAUUCUCAACGUUUUGAUGGGGUGGAGCAAGGAGUUCCAAGGAUGUUUUCACUUGAAGCUGGGCUCCGACUACGUCAUCAUCAACACACCAGAGGCAGCCGAGGUGGUGUUGAGCAGCAACCAGCACAUUCAGAAGGGCGAAGAGUACGACGGCUUGAAACCGUGGUUGGGUGACGGACUACUGAUCAGCGCAGGCUCCAAGUGGCACAAGAGGAGGAAGAUGCUGACGCCUGCCUUCCACUUCUCCAUCCUGGACCAGUUCAUGACGGCCUUCAACGAGCAGUCGAAAGUGCUUGUAUCUAAACUGCGAGAAACGAACGGCCAAAGGACCGACGUCUUUCCCUACAUCACCAAGGCAACGCUGGACAUUAUCUGUGAGGCCACCAUGGGGGUGCAGAUUAAGGCGCAGCAGGGCGCCCGCUCCGACUAUGUUCGGGCUGUGUACAGAAUGGGCGAGAUCUCCUUUUUCCGCUUCUUGAAGCCAUGGCUCAGAAGUGAUUUCCUGUUUCGUCGGACUUCGUUGUACCAAUCCCAACAAGAAUGUCUAAAGCUUCUUCACGGGUUCACAGAUUCGGUGAUUCAGUCCAGGAGAGAGGAGCUAAGCAAGUCAAAAGACGCGUCCGAAACUCCACAGACGUCACCACAAGGCCGGAAGCGGCUGGCGCUGCUGGACCUGCUGCUGGCCUCCACCAUUGACGGCCGGCCGCUGAGCGAUGCCGACAUCAGGGAGGAGGUCGACACGUUCAUGUUCGAGGGUCACGACACAACUUCGGCCGGCGCCAACUGGACCCUCUACAACCUGGGCCGGCAUCCCGGCAUACAGCAGAGGGCCUUCGAGGAGGUGCGGGAUGUCCUGGGCGACGACGACCGGCCUGUGACGCGCGAGGACCUGUCGCGGCUGCAGUACCUGGAGAUGGUGAUCAAAGAGUCGCUGCGGCUCUUCCCGCCCGUGCCCAUGAUCGGACGCCGGCUUAACUCGGACGUCGUCAUCGAUGGGUGCAGCGUGCCGCAGCGGUGCAGGAUCGGCCUCCUGGUGUACGCCAUCCACCGUGACCCGCGCCACUGGCCCGACCCGGACACGUUCGAUCCGGAGCGGUUCAGCCCCGAGGCCUCGCGCGGCCGCCACCCCUUCAGCUACGUGCCGUUCUCAGCCGGGCCACGCAACUGCAUCGGCCAAAAGUUCGCGCUGAUGGAAGAGAAGGUGUUGAUCGCCACUGUUCUGCGCAACUUCAAGAUCACGUCGCACGACAAGCGGGAGGACAUCAAGCUGCGCGCUGACGUCAUCCUCAGACUUGAAGGUGGUCUCUGGCUCAGCUUCGCGCCGCGUCACUGAUGACGUCACUCGUCCCGUCACACGCCGCGUCACUGAUGACGUCACUCGUCCCGUCACCCCGGCCGGCCGACAACGUAGAUGCAGACGCACGCCAUCGAGCGCCACAUUCGAGCUGCCUUUGCUCCUUCGACUGGGCCACUGCCCAUGCCACAGCCGCCACACAUUUGUCACAAAACUGGUACGGACGUGAGCACUAAGUGCUUAAGCACUGAAGUACGCAGUACUAAACACGUGCCCAAAUACUUAAGUGGUUGAUACUAAAAAAUACCUGAGAACUAAAUCGCUAUUCUAAAGAAAUGUUAAAGUACUAAGUACUAAAAAUUGCUUAGUACCAAAGUACUUUAUUCUCAUGUGACAGAUGCGUGACAGAUGUGUGACAGAUGUGGCAGAUGUGUGACAGAUGUGUGACAGAUGUGCAGCAGAUGUGUGGGGCUUGCUGACCGCGGAAGAGAGGCCCGGAAGCUUGGUAGUCGUGCCCGUACGCAGGGUAGCAUGAACUUAUAUGAAAAGCGUCAUACCGGAUGAACAUGUGAAUACGAGCCGGAUGCACAUGUGAACACCAACCGGAUACGCAUGCAGAUGAACACGAGCCAAGAGAUGUCGAGUGGUACGUGUAAUAAGAAUAUUUGUACCUCGAUAUGUGAUACGGGAAUAUGAUAGAAGCUUGCCAUAUCGCAGCUGCACUCCCUCGCCCCUGGAGUGUUGCUAUAAUAGCUGGGACUCAUCCUAGUCUUCAAGCAGACUGCCAGUAACAGCGUAAAACAGACCGCCCAAUUCGUGUGAACAGAUCGCCCAAUCGGUGUGAACAGACCGCCCAAUUCGUGUGAACAGAUCGCCCAAUCGGUGUGAACAGACCAUCCAAUUCGUGUGAACAGAUCGCCCAAUCGGUGUGAACAGACCAUCCAAUUCGUGUGAACAGAUCGCCCAAUCGGUGUGAACGGCAGUCUAGGUCGUUCGGGACUUGACCGACGUCGCUGGUCUCCCACGUUCCUUUCGCAGUGGUAAGUAUUCGGAACCUACUUGGGAGCAAUGUAAAUAAUGAAUGUUGCGUAUCAUGAUAUCAUAAGCGUAUACAUGCGAAAUAUACGGUAUACGCCUUCGA